AUGGUCUUCUCCACUCUCUCUUUUCUUUGUUUUUAUGUACUUCACCAUAACAGAAAGAAGCGUGGACACGUCUCAGCCGGUCACGGUCGUAUUGGCAAGCACAGAAAGCAUCCUGGUGGUCGUGGUCUUGCUGGUGGUCAACACCAUCACCGUACCAACAUGGACAAGUACCAUCCUGGUUACUUUGGUAAGGUCGGUAUGCGUCACUUCCACUUGAAGAAGAACCCUCUCUGGCGACCUGUCAUCAACCUUGACAAAAUCUGGACUCUUGCUGGUGAAGGUGUUCGUGAGAAGUACAAGAACACUGAAAAGGUUCCUGUCAUUGAUACUCUUCAACAUGGUUAUGCCAAGGUUUUGGCCAAGGGUACCAUCAGCCAACCUGUCAUUGUCCGUACUCGUUAUGUUUCUGCCCUCGCUGAAAAGAAGAUCAAGGAAGCUGGCGGUGUUGUCGAACUCAUUGCUUAA